AUGGCAGCUGCCUGGCGGAACUACACCAGGUCACCUUGCCUGUGGUACCACUACACAGGAGCAUUUGCUGCUGACGCAGGAAGUUCCAAGGAGCGGCGGCGGCGUCGGGCGCUGCCCGGGGCCGUGCGGGCGCUGGAGCUGGCCGAAGCCCGGCGGCGGCUGCUGGAGGUGGAGGGCCGGCGGCGGCUGGUGCUGGAGCUGGAGAACCGGGUGCAGCAGCUGCACCGCGUCUUCGUGCAGGCCGAGCUGCGCAUGGCCGGCCGCGCCGAGAGCCUGGCCCGCCUGGGCAGCGGCGCCGGCCAGGCCCAGAUCUACCUGGCGGCCCACGGGCAGCGCCUCAAGAAGAGCCUGCGGCGCUCCCGCAAGGCGCGGCCGCCCGCCCUGCUGGCCUCGGCGCUGGGCGGCUGCGUGCCCUGGGCGGCGGGCAAGCUGCGCCGCGGCCGGGCGGAGCCGCCCGAGUCCCCCUUCAAGAGGAGCCUGCAGGGGCCGCCGGGGCAGCCCCCGGCCUGAGAGCAGAGAGGGGGCGCCGGCCUGGGGGGCUUGUCCUAGCGAGGGGCCCCAUCCUGGGGGUGGGAGGGGAGGACCCUUGUGCUGGAUGGGGCCCAUCCUGGGGAGGACCCCUGUGCUGCGGGGGACCUUGUCCUAGCGAGGGGCUCCAUCCUGGGGAGGACCCCUGUGCUGGGGGGGUUCCUUGUCCUAGCGAGGGGCCCCAUCCUGGG